UAGAACGGGUCAUAAUUUCUUGUGGUAUAGUAAAACGUAAACGGGCCGAACAAUUAGUGUUAGGCCGCUCUCUUCUCGUUCAUCUUCCUUCUCAGUAGCCCGCGUAACCCUAACACACUCUCUCUCUCUUUCUUUCUCCUCUUUCCGCCUCUCACCACUCACUUUCUCUCUCCUCUUUUCCGGCGAACUGCUGCCGGCGACAUCCCGCCGCGGCAACAAGUUCUAGUGCAGAAGAAGGUACCUGUUGAUCAACAUGUCUACCUUUGCGAAACCAGAAAACGCUUUGAAGCGAGCAGAAGAGCUGAUUAAUGUUGGUCAGAAGCAAGAUGCCCUACAAGCGCUUCAUGACCUUAUUACCUCCAAGAGGUACAGAGCAUGGCAGAAAACAUUGGAAAAAAUUAUGUUUAGAUACAUAGGCCUUUGUGUGGAAAUGAGGAAGGGUAGGUAUGCCAAAGAUGGUUUAAUACAAUACCGCAUUGUGUGCCAACAAGUGAACGUGAACUCUUUAGAGGAAGUAAUCAAGCAUUUCAUGCACUUGUCAACUGAGAGGGCUGAGGCAGCUCGUAAUCAAGCUCAAGAAUUAGAAGAAGUACUUGAUGUUGAUGAUCUUGAGGCAGUUAAGCGGCCUGAGGAUUUAAUGCUAAGCUAUGUUAGUGGAGAGAAGGGAAAAGACAGGUCUGAUCGUGAACUUGUUACACCAUGGUUCAAAUUUCUGUGGGAGACAUACAGAACUGUUUUGGAAAUAUUACGUAACAAUUCAAAAUUGGAGAAUCUUUAUGCUAUGACAGCACAUCGUGCUUUUCAAUUCUGCAAGCAAUACAAACGUACCACAGAAUUCCGUAGACUAUGUGAAAUAAUUAGGAACCAUUUGUCAAAUCUUAAUAAAUACAAAGACCAACGAGACAGGCCUGAUCUGACAGCACCAGAAAGCUUGCAAUUGUAUCUGGACACAAGAUUUGAGCAACUUAAAAUUGCAACGGAACUUGAACUUUGGCAGGAAGCAUUUCGUUCAGUUGAAGAUAUCCAUGGCUUAAUGUGCAUGGUUAAGAAGACCCCGAAACCUUCUUUGAUGGUCGUUUACUAUGCCAAGCUCACUGAAAUAUUUUGGAUUUCUGGAAGCCAUCUGUAUCAUGCAUAUGCUUGGCUGAAGCUUUUCUUACUUCAAAAGAACUUCAACAAGAACUUGAGCCAGAAGGAUUUGCAGACGAUAGCAUCAUCUGUGGUUUUGGCUGCCCUCUCUGUUCCUCCUUAUGACCAUACACGUGGUGCAUCUCAUGUUGAACUUGAAAAUGAGAAAGAGAGGAAUAUGAGAAUGUCCAAUCUUAUUAAUUUUAAUCUUGAUCCCAAACCAGAGAGCAGAGAAGUGCUAUCACGCUCAGCUCUUCUUUUGGAAUUGGUCUCCAAAGGUGUUAUGUCUUGUGUCCUUCCAGAAGUGAAAGACCUUUAUCAUCUUCUAGAGCAUGAGUUUCUUCCCUUGGAUUUAUCUCUGAAAGUUCAGCCCUUGCUGAACAAAAUAUCUAAGAUUGGUGGGAAACUUGCCUCAGCUUCUUCUGUACCAGAAGUGCAAUUGUCAAAGUAUGUUCUUGCCUUGGAAAAGCUAGCUACCCUGAGGUUGCUACAGCAGGCUUCUCAAGUUUACCAGACAAUGACAAUUGAGAGUUUGUCCCAGAUGGUUCCAUUUUUUGAUUUUUCUGUGGUGGAAAAGAUUUCAGUUGAUGCUGUCAAACAUAAGUUCUUAACCAUGAAGGUUGACCAUAUAAAUGGUGCUGUUUCAUUUAGUAUUUUGGAUCUUGAAUCUGAUACAUUGAAAAAUCACCUUACAGCGCUUGCUGAAUCAUUGAAUAAAGCAAGGUCCAUGAUAUAUCCUCCCUUAAAUAAAGCAUCAAAAAUUGGAGAUACUUUACCUGGUUUAGCUGAGAUUGUAGAGAAGGAACACAAGAAGCUUCUUGCUCGAAAAACAAUUAUUGAACAGCGCAAAGAGGAACAAGAACGCCAGCUUUUGGAGAAGGAACGUGAGGAAGAGUUGAAGAGAAUGCAGCAACAGAAAAAUAAUGAAGAAGCUGAACAGAAAAGGCUUGCUAUCGAAAUUGAGAAGAGGAAACUUCAACGCAUUCAAAAGGAAAUCGAAGAGCGUGAGAUGGAAGAAGCCAAAGCUCUACUUCAUGAAAAGUUUUCAAAAAAUAAGAAGAAGCCAAUUAUAGAAGGGGAUAAGAUGACAAAACAAGCAUUGUUGGAGUUGGCUCUUAAUGAGCAGCUGAGGGAGAAACAAGAAAUGGAGAAAAAACUGCAGAAGUUGAGCAAGCAGAUGGAUUAUCUUGAGAGAGCUAAGAGGGAGGAGGCAGCUCCUUUAAUAGAAGCUGCAUAUCAACAACGCCUGGUUGAGGAACAGCUUCUGCAUGAGCGUGAGCAACAGCUUGAGGUUGAGCUCAGCAGACAACGCCACGAUGGCGACCUUCAGGAAAAGAAUAGAUUAGCUCGUGUGAUGGAAAACAAGAGGAUUUUCCAAGAAAGAGUGGUGAAUCGUCGCCAAUCUGAAUUUGAAAGAUUGAGACAAGAACGGGCAGAGCAUUAUAACCAAAUUCGCCAGUCACGUAGACAAGAAAGGGUAGCCAAGCGGAAGAUGAUUUUUUAUUUGAGAUCAGAAGAGGAAAGAUUGAACAAGCUGCGUGAAGAGGAAGAAGCACGAAAGCAUGAAGAGGCUGAGAGAAAAAGAAAGGAAUCAGCUGAGCGCCAAGCUAAGCUGGAUGAAAUUGCUGAGAAGCAACGGCAACGAGAGCGGGAACUUGAAGAAAAAGAGAGGCUGAGAAGACAGCAGAUCCUUGCUGGUGAGGCUGCUCAGUCUUCUGAGACAACUCCUCUUGCCAGGCCCCAGGCUGUGGCUGCUCCUGCUGCAGCAGCAGCUGCUGCCCCUGCUGCUGCACCAGCUGCUGCCCCUGCCCCUGCUGGUCAAGCACCUGGAAAAUAUGUUCCUAGACACUUGAGGGAGAAAGCUGCUGGGUCUACCCCAGCUCCGUCCACUGAUAAGUGGCGAUCUGAUGAUCGUCGUGGUUUUGGUGGGGGUGGUUCAAGGCCCACUUGGUGAUGAGUGCUGUGUUUAAGCUGUUGCCGUGUUGGUCAUCAACUAGUCCUUAGGGUUCGUUCAUAAGAUUUCUGACCCCUGCUGCUGCAAUUAGAUAGUCCAGACAGCGCAUGGUUUUGUGCCUUUGUAUACUUCUUUGUGGCCAGUGGCUAUUCUCAGAGUUAAUUUCAAUUUUGGUUAAUAUUGUUCGUAUUUAAUGUUUUAGUCGAGUUAGUAGAUUGUUUAGAGGGAUGUUGCUGCUACUGUGAAAUGUAAUUUUGUUGAAAUUUCUCAAGGCAUUUCUUAUAAUUGAUCUUUAUAAUUUUUCUUUGGGCUUUUGUUGCCCUACUUGUCGAGGAUGAACUCGAUGAAGGACUUCUGGAUAUUUGAGCAUUGUAUACUUUGAAUAACAGAUUCUUUAUUGCUUGUGCUUAGCAUCAGAAUAUGAAGUCAUUCUCAGCUG